AUGGACACAGAACAUCUCACUCCAGCAGCAUGGCUGUUUAACCUGCUGACGCCAGGUAUCUUGAUGGUGGUGCUGACGCCAAGUCUCCAGCCAAUUCUCGACGAACACUGUCGCGGCAAAGUACUAGAUAUCGGCCCAGGGUCAGGUUUCCAGCUCAAACGUUUCAAGACAGCUUUCGAAGCAGGAAAGAUCGAUGAAAUCUAUGCCGUGGAGCCAGGGACUGAAAUGCAUGAUCAGCUGAAAGGUGAAGCUAUCAAGGUGUUUGGCGGGAAAGCUCCGAGGAUGUACCAGAUAUUGUCUUGUGGUGCUCAACCCGACGCAUUGAUUCCGUACAUGGAUAAACAUGGCCUGCUCCAGAAUGACGAGGCCGAAGGACUUUUCGACACGAUUGUCUGCAUUCGAGCACUCUGUGGCAUUCCAGAUCCACGGGAGACUGCAAAUCUCUUCUAUCGCUUGUUGAAGCCUGGUGGUAAGAUUAUCUUCUUCGAGCAUGUCGGAAAUAGUGGCGAUCGAAGAAGGUCGGGUAGCCGGAUUGCGUAUCUGUUGCAGAAGGUGUACAUGAUGCUUGGGUAUCAGUUCUUGGCGAGUGGUUGUGAUCUGACAAGGGAUACGGCUGGGGAUCUGAGAACUGCUGCGGCUGCUGAUCAUGGGUGGGAUAAGGUGCGUGUCGUGGAUCGCAAUCCGGAGGGGUGUAUCCCCGAGGUCUGGGGGUAUAUGCAGAAGAAAAGUAAGAGGCUUGCGUGA